AAAGUGGUGCAUAAUCCCAUCGUGAGCAUACGCAAUCUUGUAUCAGACACAAUGCGGUAUACAUUCCUUUUAUUGGCGCUCGUGGCCCUCGGGGCGGCUACAAUUCCGCAGCAAAAACAACGUGCUGCAAAUAAAGAACUCUUGCAGAAGCAGCAAAAUUGCAUCGAUCUUCUUGAACAGAUCACUCAGGAUGAUAUACCAAACCCGCAGCUAAAUCAACUCGGCCAUAACUAUGACAUUAUUGCAAACUCCAACAUGUAUCAAAAUCCAAUAAUCGCCAAGUAUUACGGCAAUGUCGUUAAAGCUGGUUUGGUUCAGCCUAAGGGCACUGCCUUCUCCAACUCUGUCGCUCAAUUGCGCAAGGAAGCAUCUCUUCUUCUGAAAAUCUUUUUGGAUGCCGUUGAUUAUAAAACUUUCUUGUCUACUGCCGCUUAUGCUCGUGUUAAUGUCAACGAAGGACAAUUCCUCCAGGCCUUCAUCGCUGCCGUCUUACAACGUCAAGACACCCAGGGGGUAAUUUUACCUCCAUUAUACGAAAUCCUUCCCCAAUAUUACUUUGACUCUAGAAUCAUCCAGGAAGCACAAAAAAUCAGUUCGCAAAUUAUUCACUCUCCAAGCGUUCAAAAUGUUGUUAUUCCUGUCAAUCAAACCGCAUACUUGCCUCACGGAGAAGAUCAGCUUUCUUACUUCACGCAUGAUGUUGGACUUGCAAAUUACUAUACCUAUGUUCAUUUGGCUAGUAAUAUCCUGCAACAGAAACAACAACAACAACAGCAACAGCAACAGCAACAGCAACAGCAACAGCAACAGCAACAGCAGCAGCAGCGGCAGCAGCAACAGCAACAGCAGCAGCUGCAGCAGCAGCAGCAUCAGCAGCAGCAACAACAGCAGCAGCAACAGCAGCAGCAACAUUACUAUCAAUUAGGAGGUUCCGGAAUUCAGUGGUCGGAACAAGACAGUCCUAUCGGUGCAGGAGCUCAAUCCGCCUAUCUUCACCAACAACUUUUGGCCCAUUACCAAUUGAAUCGCCUUGCCAACGGACUUGAUCCAAUUAAUCAACUCGACUACGUUACCGUACAGGCUCCGUUCGAGCCUCGUCUUCAACAUCCCAAUGGUCUCUCAUUCCCCGGCCGUCCAGAAUACUUGAAUCUUGAACAACAAGGCUCGCAACAGCAAGAAUUGAGCCAGACUGUGAAAGAUUUGGAAAAGAGAUUGAUUGAAGCCAUCGACUCUGGAUAUGUUCAAACUGCACAAGGUGGCUUAUUAUCCCUUUACCAACCGCAAGGCUUAAACAUACUCGCCGAAUUGAUUCAAGGAAAUGGGAAAAGUGUAAAUCCAAGAUACUAUGGCAGUCUUCAAGCAGCAGCUAAUCAUCUCCUUGGUAACGCUCCCCAUGUUAAAAACAUUUACGACUACACGCCGUCCGUUUUGGAACUUCCCGAGACAUCCGUUCGCGAUCCAGCCUUCUACCAACUUUACCAAAAAGUAAUCAAUCUCUACAAGCGCUAUCAAAAUUCCUUGUCACCAUAUGAAUACAACGAUCUCCUUCUUCCUGGCGUUACAAUUCAAUCCGUUGUUGUCUCUCCAUUAACGACUUUCUUCGAUGAGUAUUACGUGAGCCUUAAUCAGGCAACCGUUCAAGAACAAGGACAAGGAAUUCUAGGUGGACAGGUUGGUCAACAAGGCGUGCAGCAAGUACAACAGCAAGGACAACAGCAAGGACAACAGCAAGGACAAUUGCAAGGACAAUUGCAAGGACAACAGCAAGGACAACAUCAAGGACAGCAGCAAGGACAGCAACAAGGACAGCAGCAAGGUCAACAGCAAGGACAACAGCAAGGACAACAGCAAGGACAACAGCAAGGACAACAGCAAGAACCAACUAUACAGGCCAAAUUAAUGAGAUUAGAUCACCACCCGUACAAUUAUCAGAUCAUCGUUCAAUGUCAGAGUCACAUCCCCGGUGCCGUUGUUCGCGUUUAUCUUGGACCAAAAUACGAUAACCAAGGACAACCAAUUAGCAUUUCUGAACACAGACAAUUAUUCGUAGAAUUCGACCAAUUCGUUCAAGACCUGCAACAAGGGCAAAAUAUUAUAUCUAGGAACUCUCAACAGGCGUCAGGACAAAGCCACGACUAUCCAUCGACGCAAGCUAUUCAAGAAGGUGUAAACGCUGCCAUUAAUUCCCAGCAGCCAUUAUACAUUACAAAACCACAACACGUCUAUGGUUUCCCUGCCAGGCUAUCUCUUCCCAAGGGUACUUCCAAUGGUUUGCCGCUCCAGCUUCUCGUAGUGAUCUCCGCGUCGACAACACAGGAGAAUCCGAAUUACGGGCCAGUUAUCCCAGAACAAUACCAGAAUUAUCAGGAACAUUACCAAAUAGUAGGAGCUAAAGAGUAUCAGCAGCAACAGGGACAGCAACAGAUACACGAUGUGAAAAAAACCAUGGAAGUUUUGCCUGAGCAAAAUGAUCUAGAACAAUUUAUCGAAGCCGUCGGCAAAGAACAAGGUAGUUUCUACGCGAAACAAGGACAAACUCCAUACACCCAAGUAAAAGCUAAUCAGUAUGGGCACAUUCAACAGUAUCACCAAUAUGGACAACAACAGACACCUAACGGCGGACAGCAACAAUCGACCGUUCUGGGCGGCGUUUUGGGCGGCGUUCUGGGCGGAGUUCAAUCUGGCGUUCAAGGUAUUGUAUCUAUACACGGCGUGCAAGCAGGAGUGCAACUUGGCGUACAAGAAGGCGUACAAGCGGGAGUACAAAGACAACCGCAAGGAGGCUUACAAGCACAAGGAGGACAACAAGUAGGAGUACAAGUAGGUCUGCAAGGUGACGUACAAGGAGGUGUACAAGGAGGUGUACAAGGUGGUGUACAAGGUGGUGUACAAGGUGGUGUACAAGGUGGUGUACAAGGUGGUGUACAAAGUGGUGUACAAGGUGGUGUGUACGGUACGAGCCACUGGCAAGGACAACACGGUGUUUGGCAAGGACAACAAGGGCCGGCGCAACAUUAUAGCAGCGGACAGACGCACGCUGGUGGAUACCAAGGAAUUUAUCAAACUAGCGGCCAAACUGUUCAGGAUCAACAAGUCGAUAACCAUUAUCAGAACAAAAUGAUUUCCGAAAUCAUCGGUGGUGCCAUUUCCCUCGACGGCAAGCCUUACGGUUAUCCAUUGGACAGACCUCUUACUCCCGGUGCUCUUGCCGUUUCUAACAUUUACGUCUGCGAUGUUGACGUCAAACACGAGGGUCAACUGACCAACACGAUCAACCAGUAAUACCAUCACCGAAAUACUUGUGACUAGUGUAUUAUAUCGUAGCAAUAUGAAUUUGAUCAAUGUCAUACUUAAAAAUAACACGCAUUACCGGAGUGUUUGCGUGUGUAUUUGUUUGCCUCUGCGUGCGCGUACCGCUUGAUACGAAAAAGAUAAAAAGGGAAUGAUUAAUAUGGAGAAAGCACAAUAAAUAAAUUGCCAUAAAAAUA